CGUAAUUUUUUAUGUGAGAAGUAUACUAGUAAGUAUAAAAUACGGAUAAAAUGGAAUUUUCAUUUUUACAUUGUAAAUAUAGUUAAUGAAGUUGUAUUUUUUUCGUACUUUUUCGGGACGCAGUCCUCGAAUGUACAUAUAUAAUCAAGUACGUAAAGAGCUUCUAUGUCUUUACUGGUAACUGUAUUACAGUGAACUUGACAAAUUUUUUCAAUUGGGAUCAGUAUUACCGUCCCAGGUAUAAGAGUUAGCCGGCGAUGACCGCUAAGGUUUUCCCGCGCGGUCACAAGGCUUUUAUUGAGGGGGCUAUUGCACCCAACUUUUUUCAAGAUUUUGGCAAUUGAAACCAAGUUGUUCCACGUUUAUAAAUAUAUGGUAGCUCUGAAAAGAGCUGGUGUUACUAUUCAUGUGUGCAGCAUUUAACUGCGAAUAAAAAUGAUUUCGGUCUCCUUUUAUACCUUCCUAGAAAAGAUGUUCGGCUCCAAGCAAGUUUCUGAUUGGUUGAAGCUCUUGGAGUAGGGAUUGAAAAUUAUGGCAAACGUAUAAAAAGUCUCUCAUUAGCUCCACCGAUAAUACUUUUCUUAACAUAAGGCGUAGGCGCAGUUCAGCUGUACGGACUACGAUUAUUAUUGGAGCGACAUUUAAUUGACUAUAGGUAUUCAUCCUGCAGUUAUUUUUGCAGCUCUCUGACCCACUAGGAUACGGUAUUUAUGUUCAUUUUAUCAUAACAUUCAUAUAUUGCAAGCGUUACAAAUAUUUUUCAUAAUAUUUGUUCAAUAUUUUAAAUUUUGUAUACAUUUGUAUAAUACAUUUCACGUAUUUCUUUGUGUAGUUUCAGUAAAUCUAGUUGUAGCAUCAUGAAAAUUAACGCAAUUAAUAUUAUAGAUAUUUUGAUAAAAAAUUAUAAUUAUGAAAAUAAUAAUUCUGCACGAACUGCUACGAAUGCAAAAGAAUUUGAAUUGGCCCAAAAUAUUAUAGAUUUGAUUGACAGGUGUAAGCAGGCUGCAUAUACAGAUGUCGAAACAUUUCAGGAAUUAGUAUUUGACGGAAAUUCUGGUCACUCAAAAUUUACAUCAUUUGAUUACGACGAUGAAAAUGAAUUGCAAGAACCAACAACGUCCUCGUCAAUAGCUACUGUGGAUGAGAAAUCUUCUACUUCACCCGAUGACAAUCCUGAAGAAAAAGAGAAAGAAAAUGUAGAUCUGGAAUAUAAGCAAAAAGCUGUUAAUUUUUGGAAGAGUGGAAAGAAAGGGAGAUUGGCCUUUAAAACCGUGCAGAAGAGGUAUCGAAAGUUAUCAACGGUUGGACAGUUGUAUAGAUGGGAAAAACAUGUAAAUAUAGGUGGAAGCCGAAUUAAUAAAUUAAAACUGCUUGCACAAAAAACAAUAGCACGUUUCAUUGAAAUGAGGAAUCGAAAGAUACCAAUACACGACAUAGAUUUACGACGAUGGGCACUACAGGAAAACGAAAUUGUUAAUUUACCGGGAUUUCAAGCAUCAUACCACUGGGUCUGGAACAUUAAACAUAAAUACAAUAUUGUAUCGAGGAAAAUAACAAAACUAGUCACGCGAAAUUAUACAAACAAUUUAUCAGAAAUAAAUGCAGCUGCUGACAAUUUUGUACAGCAUGUAAAACAACAUUUUGAAUUUUAUGGAAAAGAAAAUAUUUUUAAUACUGACCAAAGCGGAUUUCACGCUUUGUCAUGGAAAGGAGAAAAUCAAACAGAAAGUGCUGUUCAAUCAGUGUCAUCAAUGACACAUAGUUAUACCAUCCAGCCGACAGUUUCAGCUGAUGGUAAACUGCAAUCUCCACUCUUCCUUGUCCUAAAAGAAACAGGUGGCCAAUUAGGACCACGUGUACAACAGACGACGUUUACAGCUCCUAACAUCGUUAUCGGGGCUUCAUCAUCAGGAAAACUGACGAAAGAAUUACUGAAAAUAUGGUUAGAAAAAGCGUUCCUCCCGAUCAUCAAAGAAAGGGCAAUACUGAUUUUAGAUUCAUGGAGCGGCUAUGAUGAAAAUCUAAUUUAAAGUAUUGCCCCAGCAGAAAUAAAUUUAGAAAUUUUAAAAAUCCCCAAAAACACGACAGGGUUAAUUCAACCAUUAGAUGUUUACGGUUUUCGCGUCUGGAAAAAUUUCGUAAGAAAAAUAUCAGAUUUAGUCAUAACUUUAAAUUUAAAUAUAAAUUUACAUGCCCGUGACACCAUUAUAAAAAUUCAGUCGCUUACACACAACCAACUAUCAGCACCUCGAUACAUAAAACUGUUCCAGUAUGCAUGGUUUCGAUGCGGCUAUGUUGACGAGAGGCCAGGAGAAUUCGAAAACCCUGUGGAGUUCUGCUUCACCAAGACGUCAAGCAUAAUAUGCAAUCGUUGCAAUAGUGUUGUUUGCAUAAGAUGUUCGUGGUGUCAGGAGCACUUAUGUUUCAAUCAUUUUUUAAUAGAAUUCCAUUAUUGCAAUCAGUAUAUUGAAUAAAUACUUUCAUGACUUUCAGCUUUCUAAAAUUUCAGGUACCAAUAUUAAAACCAGCUCUUUUCAGAGCUACCAUAUAUUUAUAAACGUGGAACAACUUGGUUUCAAUUGCCAAAAUCUUGAAAAAAGUUGGGUGCAAUAGCCCCCUCAAUAAAAGCCUUGUGACCGCGCGGGAAAACCUUAGCGGUCAU